AUGCAAGCGGCAAGCGGCAAGCGGCAGACAGAAACUGAUUCGUUUCGCCGCCCACCAUCAGCAUGGACGUCCAAUCCUCGUUUUUACCUGCUCUGUACUUCACAACCUUCUUGGAAGCAACUGCUCUGUACUUCACAACCUUCUUGGAAGCAAUCGUGCACCACUUCUGACGCUUCCCUUCCCUCACAAGCGAACGAUCCCAUCAACUCCUUCUCAGAUAUGGAUGUGACAGUGCCCGCAACUGAGAGCGUGCAGCUCAACCGCGAUGCAAUCAUCUCCGCUGCAAACGUCCUCAUGGUCGCGUUGCUCAAAAUGAACCGCGUUUUAAUACCCGCACUUCUCAAAUGGAAGCGCGCCAGUCGUGCCGCAUGGAUAGACGCAGCAGAUGAUGACAUGCGCCGUCCCAGGAGGACAAGGAAAUUGAUGACUAAGCCUGGCCCUAACUCGUCUGACGAUGACGUCAGCGAGCAUGACGAAGACAAGCACAUUCACAACGUGGACAGAGAAAAAUUUCGUCGUGGAGCUGCCCCGAACUUGCUCGUCUACACUUCCUUCGCCACUGUCUUCUUCACCAUACUCACAAUUUUUCUCUAUUCCGCGAUCAUCAUCACCCUUGUUUUGUCUCUCUUUCCUUUCGGCCCUGCAGAGGGAAUCAUCUUCUCGUUCUCAUUAAUCGCCACCGCCACCAUUUCAGAAGCCGAAACGCUCUUGCAAAAAGGAAAGACUCGCACUCAACAGUCUCGCCCAUUAAGUGGCGCUGCCCCGGGUGUUCACGAUGAAGAAAACGGAUUGCUCGCCAAUGCGAACAAUCAGCGAUAUGGCGCCAUGCCUGCAUUUCAAGCCGACGGUGACAGCUUUAGCGAUCUUGAGUGA